UUCUAAGAAAUACAACAGUCCAGCUGUAAUGAUGGAAUCAGCUAAGAAAAUGGCUUAUUUUGGGUAAUAGUCGGUCAGAUUCCAGCAAGAAGUCCUUUCAAAUGGAAAACACUAAAGGUGUUGGUUCCAGUGAUGCUCUAGAAGAGAGCCGAAAAUCAUCACUGCGAUCCCGGAAACUUGAAAAAAAUGCUGAAAUGAAUGCUGAAAAGAAUGAAGACAUAGAAAAGAAGCAAAAGGAGAAAAACAGGCUGAAAGUCAAGGCAUGGAGAAUGCGUCAGAAAACAGAAAACUCCACAAAAUAUUCUGAAAUCAAAAAGAAAGACACAGAAAGAAAGAAGGAAGCUCGAAUGAAAGUGAAACUCAUGGCCAAUUCAGAUCCUGAAUUAAAACCCUCCUUAAGAAAGAAAAAAGCUGAAGAAAUGAAAAGAUACAGACAGAGAAAAAAGAUGAAAACAACAUGUUCUUCUGAAGAUCCUGGUGUUAAAAAGAGUAAGAAACCGGCUCUGGAAGAAAAAAAAGAAAAAAGCUGUGAAGCGAACACAAGCCUGGAGAAUGCGAAUUAAACUUAAGUCUCCUACAAUUCCAAUUGUUAACACAGUUGAUGAAAAUGACAGUCAUGGAGAAAGCAGACAGAACAAAAGUAACUUAUCCCGUGCAACAAUAUACAGAUGAGCGCAAAUGGUGAAAGGCAUUCUGCCUAGGACACCAAAGAAGAAAGCCGCCAUUUUAAAGAAGCUUAUUGAGUCACCUUCAACAUCCAAAGUACUUUCUGACCAAGGAGUAACAAUGACACCAGCUUGUAAGAAGAAACUUGAAGUAGCAGAUGCUAUAGUGAAUUCCUUGAAAGAAAGUAUUUCCGAAGUAAACAUUGGUGUUCGAAAAGACAGAGAAAAGAAACAUGCAUAUGAUGUAAUACGUGAAUCAGUA